AUGCCUAAAAUACCAUCGGAUGCAAUUGACAAGUACUUCGGCCUACAGCUGGGGCUGAUGAAAUUCGGCCAAGUCAAGAUAGAUAAGGUUAUGCCAUUGAAAUAUAUCAGGAGAAUGAACGAUCCAGAUUACCGGCUCAAAAAAUACCAGCAGCAAGUUCGCGACCAGCAGUGCGCAGCCGCAGAAGAUGCCAGCCAGAGCGAGUGGUAUCAAUACACGGGCCUAGAAGACGGGCAGAUUCGGCUUCUUCAUAUUCUCCCAGGGACAGACGGGUCCAAUAUCGAGUGCAAGCUAGUGACGCGGUCCUUCAACGACGCUGAUCCCUUCCACUACGAAGCUCUCUCGUACACUUGGGGCGAUCCCUCGGUUGUUCAAUACAUUUCUUGCGAUGGGAAAACCUUGCAGGUUACGCUUGCCGACUACGGAUUGCCCCCGGCCGAUGCACCCGAGUGGAAAACUCUAGACGCUCUGCUUUGGCGGCCCUGGUUCGUGAGGAUAUGGAUCGUACAGGAGAUCACGCUGGCAAGACACUCCGUCGUCCUCUGCGCCAACAAGACCAUUUCUUGGGAGAACUUUCUUUGGAUUAUUCGGUUUCUGCGCCUGCGUAACUUGGAGGGGACAUACAAUCUCGACGUCUCCCCCGCCUAUCGACUGGGCUUCCUUGGUCAUGCCCAUCGUUCCGGCCGACCACUUCCCCUUCUCGAGCUGUUGGGACUGUUCCGACGAUCGCUAGCCACAGACCCUCACGACAAAGUGUACGGAUUGCUGGGCCUGGCAGCCUCGCACGAGGUGGAAAUCGAUUACAGAAUCCCGUACGCGCAAGUAUAUCUCGACGUUGCCAAGUCGAUUAUGAAGGAGUCGCUGGACAUCCUGAGCCACGUCGAGGACACGGAUUGGAAAGAGCGGACCGACAUGCCCUCAUGGGUGCCGAAUUGGGCUGUUCAUCGCUACGCAGCUCCGUUUCUGACGCUCGACGAACGGUUCUCCCACGCAUUCCAGGCAAACGGGAAGACCUCUCCUUCUUUUCAAUUUGGUUCUGACGGCAGGAGUCUCGUUAUAAAAGGCGUCGUCCUGGAUUUCGUCAGUGCCGUAGGCCACCGCCUCGGCUCAAGUGAUCGCAUCUACAGACCCGAUCGCAACAGCCUGUCUGGCAAGCCGCUGGAGGCGGUACAGCCCAUAUUGCACACCUUUCAAACGAAACGCAUGCGUUUCUGCGAGCUCCUCAUCCUGAAUCUCAAGACGUACCCUACAGGAGAAGAAAUUCGCUCUGUCCUCGCCAGGACAAUGGCGCUUGACGCAAAGAUUCGAGUACCGCUGCGCCUGUAUGACAAAACAGCUCAGGAGGGAGCAGAGGAGGAGCUCGACCUUGUGAAGGCAUAUCCCAUGUGGCGGAGCCUGUUUGCCACCUUCUCAUUUGAGACCUCGAGAGUCCCCGAAGAUGGCUCGCAGACGCAGGAAGCCGCCAUGGCCAUGGCCUACCACCAAGGCGUUUCAUGGCCGGCAGGAGGACGUCGGGUAUUCACCACGAAAAACGGUUACGCAGGAUGGGGUCCUUGGGGGAUAGGUAGAGGAGAUGCCGUGGUGGUUUUUGAAGGCGGAAAGACGGCAUAUAUCCUUAGGGAAGUGUCGAAUGCGUCAAGAAAAGUCCCAGGUCAGGCAAAGACGUACGAGUUUCGAGGCGAAGCCUACCUGCAUGGGUUCAUGAAUGGAGAAGGGUUCGGCGGUGAUUACAGUUCGGAAGAGUUCCAUAUAGUAUAA